ACCAAACAUUGGUGGAGCUUCCCUUUAAAGUAUGUGCAUGAUGAUGAAUUAUGAUCAUUUGAGGGAUUCACGAUUUUUAGAAAGAAAAAAGUGAAUUUGAAAAAGAAAAUGUCUGAAUGAAACUGACACCCAGCCUGUAAAGCACAAAGUGUGGUCAGACAAUACGAAUCAAACUUUAGCAACCUUGCCAAUGUAUUGGUCUCAGCAACACCAAUUUAAAAAUCCCCAUUAAACUCGGUAGCUCAGUGUUUACAGAUUUUGUGUUCAUGGCUGGUUCUCCUGAGAAUGCCAUGGUGCUGUCAUCAACAGCCGAUGAAGAUGAGAAACAAAGGGAAAGUAGAAGCAAAAGAGAGAUCAUUUCCACCCUCCCAACUGAAAAGGCCUGGAAAAUUCAGGGUCUUAUGUACCAGUACCAAGGCUUUUGGUACUAUUCUGGGGGUGCUGUAGAAGGAGUCAUGUGGAUGCAAAAAUGCUUCAAGGCAAGGAAUGAAGAUGUUCUCUUGGUCUCCUUUCCAAAAUGUGGAACAACAUGGUUGAAAUCUCUCAUGUUUUCUAUCAUGAAUCGAACCAGGUAUGAUUUCUCAGCACACCCUUUGCUGACUUCUAGCCCUCAUGAACUUGUUCCCUUCUUGGAAUUCUACGCAGAGCAGAACAUCCCCUUCCCAGACCUGGACACACUUUCCUCUCCUCAGCUCUUCCAUACUCACAUUGCCUUCACUUCAUUACCCCAACCUGUCAUAGACUCUCAGUGUCGAAUUGUCUAUAUCUGUCGCAACCCCAAAGAUGUGUUUGUUUCUAGUUUUUGUUUUAUCUCGAGAUGUCAUAUAGUGGUUCCCCUCGAAGAGGCAUUUGAGUUGUUCUGCAAAGGAAUUAGCUUCUAUGGACCCUUCUGGGACCAUGUUUUAGGGUAUUGGAAGGCUAGUUUAGCUUCACCCCAGAGAAUAUUGUUCUUGAAAUAUGAAGACGUGAAGGGGGAUUCCUUGUGUCAGGUCAAGAGGUUGGCAGAGUUCAUGGGCUCUCCCUUCUCUUCCGAGGAAGAAGGACAAGGUUUGAUACAUGAAAUUAUGGAGCUGUGUAGUUUUGAGAAUCUAAGAAAUUUGGAGGUAAACAAGACCGGAGCACUAUCUGUGGGCAAUAUCAGCACUGGAAAGGAUACUUUCUUCAGGAAAGGUGAGGUUGGUGAUUGGAAGAAUCAUUUGACAGCUGAAAUGGCCGAUCGCAUUGACAGGAUCAUGGAGGAAAAGUUGAAAGGUUCUGGUCUGACAUUCAGCGACUCCUGUGAUAGCUGAUUAUUAAUUCUGGAGGUGAACUUCAUAUGAUUUGUAUUAAGUUAAUUUAUUAACUAUCUAAUUGUCUUCUGUUAAGUGUGCUUGUGUGCUUGUAAUAAAUGGAAUGAUGGUGUUGAGUUAAUUUGUAUUAAGUUAUAAGGCUUUCUUAAUUUAUAUUUAAAUUCAA